GGCUUCGACUCGAGUUUGUUUUGGGCGGUCGCGUACAAAAAGGGUUAAAUUUUACUAAUUAAUUUAUUAAUUAACCCCUUUGUUCCUGAGCCUUUUGCAGUUGGGAUUGUCUCUGCACUGCAGCAGCGAGUCUGCAGCCGGAGGAGCGAGCUUGGAAGUUGUCAUCAUGGGCCGCCGCUCUACCAAAACGACCAAGACGGGAAAGUUUAUGAACCCCACUGACCAAUGGCGGAAAGAACAGAGACGGAAAGAGCUGAAGAAAAACAAGAAGCAGCGUAAUGCAGUUCGUGAGGCAGUGCUGAGGAUGAAGGACCCCAUUGUCAUCCUGAAAGAGAUAGAAGAGAUCGAAACGGCAGAGAGCGAAGCCAUUGCUGCUGCCACCGAUUCUUUGCCUUUGCCUAACGAGAAGGGGCUUCUCGAGAAAAAGAGGAAAUUACACAGCAAUCUCGACCGCAUCAUCAAGUACUGGCAAAAGGAGGAUCCAAAGAAAGCACACGACGUCAAACAAUUGAUUCUGGACAGCGAGAACAAGAAGAGGGAGACCACUCAGCUCCACGACAGCUAUAGAGAGGCAAGGGUGAGUCAGACAAAGUAAAUCUUGUAUAAUAUUAUAGUAACUGACUGUGUGGGUUCUGAUGCACACAGUCUCAGUGCGAGGUAUCUGACAUCCCACUUCCUGACACUUCUGAUGGUAAAUUGUCAUACGUUGAAUCAUCACAUGAAUUGGUAUUAUAGGCAUCAUGACUUCAUCAUAGCUACAGUGUUUGUGUCAUGAACUGUUCUCUUCUUUAUUGUAGGGGCUUUCAUCAUGCCUAGUGAUAUCCCCAUGCCAGAAGAGCUAGUACCUCCGCCCAGCCACACCCCUGCUACACCCACACCCCCGGGACCCCCUCCCGGAGCUCCGACCUCUGACCUCCGAGACUACAGCAUCAUGGAAUCCUCUGUCAGCCAAUCACGGAGAAGCGUCAGGUUUGCGGCAGAUGAUGAAGACGAUGACGACAAAGAGGAAGACGAAGAGAGAGAUGAGGAAGAGGAGGACGAGGGGGACUCUAAUAAGAGUGAUUCAGACGGAGAGGACUUUGACCCCGAUGCACUUCCCGAGCCACGCCCAACAAAAACAGCCCUGCCCACCCUCCUUCAGCUCCCUCCUCCGCCUCCGCCUGGACCUCCGCCACUGUUUGCACCUCGAUUUCCUCCGCCCGGAGUCCGACUUCCUCCAGGACCACCUCUUGGUCUCCCUCCUGGACUGAGACCACCGCCUGCCUUUCUCCCUCCUCCCAGGCUCCCCAUGCCUCCUUCACAACCUCACAUCCAGUCUCAGGCCGUCAUUAGCUCCCACCCUCGCCCCUCACCCUCCGCAGGGCCCGGGGUCAAAGGUGGUAAGACCGGGCAAGGAGCCAUCAUAUCUGCCCAACCACAGCUGAGAAACAUCCAGGCCGAGGUCACAAAGUUCAUGCCGACAAGUCUGCGGGUUCGUCGUGAAGUUCCCAAGCAUGCAGCUGGGAAGGUGAAGAUGGCAGCGAAGCCUCCGCAGGUUUUGGCACGCUCGGGAGCAGUGGGGAGGGAGGGAGGGAGAGGGGGAGGGGUCCAGGGCGAUGCGUACAACGCUUUCAUGAAAGAAAUGGAAGGAAUUUUAUAGUUUGGAACAUUACAUCAUUGUCACUGUAUGACACG